AGCCAUGGAGGGAAAAUGUGUGAUAAAAAUCUGAUAUGAUCUGAAACAAAGCAAGUUGAGAAAAUCUGAGAGAGAGAGAGAGAGAGAGAGAGAGAGAGAGAGAGAGAGGACGUUUCGUAAUGAUCUAACAGAAAAAGGAAGGAAGAUUUUUUUUCUGCUGUUAUGCUCUGUUCCUGGUGGCGCUGACAACUUUUUUUCGUUUGAGGAAGAAUUGUGUUGUUGUUGUUGUUCUUCUUCUUCUUGUCUUGUUGCUUGAUCGUGCAUCCUCAAGCUGAACAUCGUGACUGAUCGGAGAGAGGGUCAGGCUUUAUUUUUAGCCCUGCAGUGUGUUGCUACAAAGUGAAACGGGGAUUUGGACAUUCCUUCCCUCUCUCUCUCUCUCUCUCUCUCUCUCUCUCUUCUGUGUAUGUAUGCGUUUGUGUGUGUGUGUGUGUGUUUGUCGGGACCGGAACGGUGUCCGUGCUGGAGAAGAAGAAGGCGAUGCAAUUCUAGGCUAUAAAUAGAACACGCAAAAAAAAAAUCUUGGAAAAAAACCCUCACAACUGCUGCACGGUUUUUUUUUCUUUCCGUGUCCGUGUCUCGCGCGGAAUGCCGUGGAUCUCGGUAGCUCUCUCUCUCUCUCGCGCGCGCUCUCUCUCUCUCUCACGCACACACACACACACACACUCUCUCUCUCUCUCGCGCUCUGUUUAUUGUUCCUAACCGAGACAGCUCAAUAAAACGUGUCACUGGGAUUAUGGGAAACUUCUGCGACUUGGCGAUGGUCAAUAUUUAGACAAUUGGAUGGAUUUUGUGCUUGGAAAAUACGCCGUAGUGGAUUACAGCAGCGUGAGAUUACUCGUCUUUUUAUGAUUAAAACAAUCAAGCGGGAAGAAGAAGAAGACGAAGAAGAAGAAGAAGAAGAAAGGAGGAAAAGGAAAGAAGAAAAAAAGAAAAUCUGGCAUGGACACGACUCGUCGUGUCUCCUGGUUCGGGUUAAAAAACCACGGCUACACGCCACAUCGCGAGCGACAAUGAUUCGGUUUCAGAGUGUAAAACGGCCCGGUCUUUACGGACAUAUCUGGAUCGGCGAAACAAAGAAUCGAUUUGCAUGAGGACAGGAUUCUCCGUUACACACACACACACACACACACACCUUCAUCACGCCUUUUCUCGAAAACAAUAAUUCAUCCUUACACAGGGAUCCUGCGUUUGCAUUUUCUUGCUUUCUUUCUUUUUUUAAUACGGAACCGUUUUCGCACCGUGGGCUCGAUCCUAAUACAGAUCGAUCGAGGAUUUCGACAUGCCCUACACUGAGGAAGCCAUCGGCGGACCACUAUGACUACAGCGGCGAAUUGGGUGGCGAACGGGGCAAGCCUCGAAGACUGCCAUUCCAACCUUUUCUCUCUGGCGGAGUUGACGGGCAUCAAAUGGCGCUGCUACAACUUCCGCGGCGGCGGCGAAUACGGACCCGUGAUCUCAGCUCCGGCACAGGACGACCCAGUGCUGUGCAGCUUUACACGCUGCGUACAGGCCAACCUGCUGUGUGUUUGGCGACGCAAACUCAAACCGGACGCCAAGGAGCUCUGGAUCUUCUGGUGGGGCGACGAACCCAACUUGAGUGACAUCAUACACCAUGAGCUCGAAGUGGUAGAAGAGGGACUGUGGGAAUGUGGGCUUUCCUACGAGUGCAGGACACUCCUCUUCAAGGCUGUUCACAACCUACUGGAACGGUGCCUCAUGGACAAGGACUUUGUGCGCAUCGGGAAGUGGUUCGUCAAGCCUUACGAGCUCGAAGAGAAGCACCUGGGCGCCAGCAGCAGUGAGCACCUCUCGUGCUCCUUCUCCUUCUUCCUGCAUGGUGAGAGUAACGUGUGCACCAGCGUGGAGAUCUCGCAGCACCAGCCUGUCUACCACAUCACCGAGGAGCAUGUUCGCCUGGCCCAGACCUCCAGCAGUCCCAUACAGGUGAUCCUGAGUCCGUACGGAUUGGGCGGCACUCUGACGGGCCAGGUGUUUAAGAUGAGCGAUCCGGCGGUACGGAAGCUGAUGGAAGAGUGGAGCUACUUCUACCCCAUGGUGUUGAAACACAGCAGGGGCGAGCAAGACAGCGAUCUCAGCUACGACCCCCACAGCCAUGUCGCUCUGGAGGUCAUCGUGGGCGGUGUGAGGAUGAUCUACCCAGCAGCCUUUGUGCUCAUUGCCCAAGCUGAUCUGCCUGUGGAACAGCCUCCUCCUGCCCAAGGAGCUCAAAGUGGCACUAGAGACUCAUCAAACUGCGGCAUUCCCCUCACCCCUCCUACAUCCCCAGAGCAGCCCUGCUCCGGUGACAGCGGCUUUCAGACCGCAGUCUCUAGCGUGAGCAGUCAAGAGAGCGGAGCCACACACAGCCCCAAGCAUUUGGAGAAAAAGCUGAGUAAUCAGAUGGUCCAUCAAGCAUGGAAGGAAUGCUACAUGAACCAAUUACAGCGCAAAUGCAAUCUGUCGAACGGUAUGGUGCCAAAGAAGGACGUAACAAGCGAGGUGGCAGUGUGGGACUUCACUGACCCGGGGGAAAGAGCGCCAUGCAGCUGUAACAGGUUGAGGCAGCAGCCAAAGCAGCAGCAGCAAGCAAAUGGCUUCCCUGCCAAUUCCCAGCCCAGUACCAACCCAUCUUCCUCUUCCAGUUCUUCCUCCUUAUCCUCCUCUUUACCUCCACCCUCGACACCUAAAAGCAAGACUGCUGACAAAGCAGACAAGUCUGACAAGGUGCCCAAACGGGCAGCCAUAACCCCUUUCCACCAUCGCCUCUCUGUAGACCAGCAGCCAUGCCCAGAGCAGGACGCACCUCCCGGACCUCAGCUGGUACUCGCGGCCUUGGACAAUUCUCUGGAUAACUUGCCUGGCUGCAAGUACCCUAAGCCCAUGUUCACUGGCAGAAAAGGUCCAGAAUCUCUCCUCCAUUCUCCAGUAUCACCACUACCACCUACACUAAGUCCACAUCCUAGGGUGCAGGACCCUGAGGUUAUGGAGGCACCCAUGGAUGUUUCCCAAUGCCUAGAGGGCAGUUCCAUGCCUACAGCCCCGGAAAUGAGUGACACCGCUCUGUAUACAGCCUCUCUAGUACCCAGAGAAGCCAGUGGAGGCUGGUGGAAGAGUUACAGGACUCCCACAGCAGACAUAGCAGAGUACAAGCCACCAGAGUUGCCCUAUGAUAUGGUGGAGAUCAAAGCUGAGGGUGAAGGAACUGCCUUGAAGAGUUUUUUUGCACAGACGCACAAGAGGUUUAAGAUCUCAGAAGAGAGGCUUCAGGAGCACAUGAGCACUCUGGGGUUCCUGCAGCAGCCGGGAGUUGAAGGGCUUGGGGAAACUGGUGAAGAUCCCUACGACUUCAAGGAAGGAGACAUCGAGUACAGCUUCCCCACCUCCAAAAGACUGAAGAGUCGAGAUCCCAAUCGGAAAUCAAAGGGAGAGGAGGUCAAUGGCAACAGCACGGUCCCUGAAGGGAAAGACGCCAUGUCCAUUUUCAGCUCUGCUCCUAAAUUUGCAGAGGAAUUGGCUCAGGACGAGUCUGGGGGAAAGGCCAACCCGCCUCUGACCAGAGAGAAAGAUCUGAUAGUGCUCAUAUCUGACUUGGAAAACAUCUUUGGGGAGGAGGAAGAUGAUCUUGGGACCACUUUUCCUAAUCAUCAGCAGCCAUCCAAGACUGUGAUGCCAGGAACUGAAGAGCGCCCCCUGGGGAUUGAUGGGAGAGUAGCAGUACCAUAUCCCUCAACAGUAGCAGAGCUUCAGCGGAUGUUCCCCACUCCUCCAUCUCUGGAGCAGCACCCAGCAUUCUCCCCAAUCACAACCUACCGAGACACCCCAAGCCAGGAAACCCCAGCACCCUCAGCGGGACAUGAGCAUCCCCUUAACACGCACACUAACAACCAACUUAGUGACUUCAGGUCUGAGAUGGACGAGAGUGUAACAAGCCCCAAAUCAGAGGAUAUACGGCCACAGGUGGGAUGUUCCAUGUUUGCUCCCCUCCGGACGUUACCCAGCCAGUGUCUUCCCCCGCUGAAGAUCCCUGAGCAGUGCUACUACAGACCCUCAUGGUCCAUGCUUCCUAAGAUGGAGCCCUACUGCCUCCCGAGCCAGGCUCCAUUUGUACCACAUGGCUAUGUUAAUGUUCCAAGCAUUGGCACGCUGCAGGACCAAGACUAUGCCCAGAUGAGCACUGGUACCGCGUCUGUUGGCACAGCAGGUGGUGUCCUGCCUUCACCGGCGACACCCCGUUUCUCCGUACCCACCCCACGCACACCGCGCACCCCACGUGGUGUAGGCACUGCCAGCGGACAGGGCUCCAUCAAGCAGGACGGUACAGAGCUGAGCUCGCCCAUUUCCACACCCUCCACCGGCCUACCCCUGAGCUCAGUGGAGCCGCUGGCGUCAGGGCCGGUCUUGCCUGAAGCGCACAGCCUCUACGUCAUCUUACUCCUCUCUGAUUCUGUCCUGGAUGUAUUUAAGGACCGCAGCUUUGACAGCUGCUGCAUCUGCGCUUGCAAUAUGAACGUGAAGGGUGCUGAUGUGGGAAUUUAUAUCCCUGACUCCACUCGUGAGGAUCAGUAUCGCUGUAUGUGUGGCUUCAGUGCCAUCGCUAACCGACGUCUGGCGCACGGUGCCGGACUCUUCCUUGAGGACGAGCUGGACAUCUUUGGGCGUGGCUCAGAAGCUGGACGGGCAGCUGAGAGAAGGCUGGCGCUGGGCAGGAGGGACACACCUACUGGUGGGAGGCGUGCCCAGGAGCAGACACCAAUGAAGGUGUUAGAACUGAUUCAGGAGCAGUGUUCCCAGCCUAUCUUGUCUGUGGCAUCACUGCAUAGUCCUGCUGCUUGUUCUUGCCGUAGCAGGCAGAGGGCGCUGUUACAGAGCUGGGUGGCCGACCGGCUGUGGGCGGACAGUAGCGAUGCAUGUGUGGAGUGUUACAACGCUCUAGUGCAGGGGCUGCAGUACGUGGACAAUGCAGCUGGUGGGAAGGUGGAGCAGGCUUUAGUGAGGAGCAGUGCACUUCACUCCUGGCCUCACACGAAUGUGUUGGAUAUCAGCAUGCUGUCCUCUCAGGACGUAGUACGCAUGCUGCUAUCUCUGCAGCCCUUCCUGCAAGAUGCCAUUCAGAAGAAACGCACUGGCCGGACCUGGGAAAACAUACAGCAUGUGCAGGGCCCACUCACAUGGCAGCAGUUCCACAAAAUGGCUGGACGAGGUUCCUACGGUUCAGAGGAAUCUCCAGAGCCACUCCCCAUUCCCACACUGCUAUUGGGGUAUGACCGAGACUUCCUGGCCCUGUCCCCUCUGGCUCUGCCCUUUUGGGAGAAGUUACUUUUGGAGCCUUACGGAGGUCAGAGAGAUGUUGCUUUCCUGGUCCUCUGCCCUGAUAAUGAGAUCCUGCUUGCUGGAGCCAGAACCUUUUUUCAGGAGCUCAGUGCUGUCUAUGAGUCAUGUCGGUUGGGUAAGCACCAUCCGUUGGCUCGGAUGAUCAGAGAUGGCAUAGUACCAGUGGGAACUAUGGACUCUGCGAAGCCGGAGGAGAACGGAGGAGAGGUGGAUGAGUGGAUGACAGGGCCAUGGGCAGGUCAAUACAGAGAGGAUCACUUAAGCAAACUCAAGCUCUAUGCCCAAACAUGCAAGCAGAAAUUAGCUCCACAGCUCUCAACUCUGUCAUUAGACAGCAGUCUUCUCCUGCCCCCGAAGCCUCAAUCUAGCUCAGCUCCUGCCCCUUCCACCCAGCUGAACCCCAGCACCGGAGCCCCUGAAGGCGAAACAUCCACAUCAGCAGCAGCACCAACAUCAGCAGCAGGAGUCCCUGGAUCAGCAAACACGCCCACACCCACAAGUACCAGCACAGGUCAGGCCAGCACAGAAGGUGCAGAUACACAGAGUGUCCCUAACACAACACCAAACCAGCAGAGCCAUCCAACAGAGAAUGCUGAGAGCUUGGCAGAGCGAGAGCGAAUCGGCAUUCCCACAGCAGCACAGUCUGCAGAUAGCCACGCCUACCCUCCAGCCAUAGUUCUGUACCUGGUGGACCCCUUUUUGUGCUCUGGCUCAGGGGUGGGGUCAGGGGAGGAAGAGGAAGCAGAAGAGGUGGAGUCGCGCAGCAUGUGGUUGCUGGCGCUUCUGCGCUGCUACACGGAUAUGCUGAGCUCACUGCCAGAGAACAUACAGUCAGCGCUGGUGCUACAGGUGGUGCCAUGUCAGUACCUGUUACAGCCGGCCAGUGGUGAGAGUCCUCUGUACCUGCAGCACCUGCGCUCUCUGGCUUUUUCUGCCCACUCACAGUGCAGACGGCGGCUUCCUACUCAGACGCACAUCAAAUCCCUCACAGGUUUUGGUCCGGCUGCCACCAUUGGCUCUUUGUUCAAGAGCGUGGAGAACCCCAGCUCCAUGCAAGUAUACUCUCCUCCGUUUGUCCUGGCCCCCUUGCGCACUAAGCAACCGGACGUAGGAGAGGAAGCUACCACCCGCUACAACGUGCUCUUUGUGGGGUACUGCCUGUCGCAUGACCAGCGCUGGAUCCUUGUUUCUUGCACUGAUCAGCAGGGGGAGCUCCUAGAGACCUGCAUCAUCAACAUUGAUGUACCAAACAGGUCUCGCCGUCCCAAGUUCUCCCCACGCAAAAUCGGCCUGCAGAAACUGUGGGAGUGGUGCAUUGGUAUCAUCCAAAUGACAGCAAUACCUUGGAGGAUUGUGAUCGGGCGCUUGGGUCGAUUAGGUCACGGCGAGCUGAAAGACUGGAGCCUGCUGCUGGGCGAACACUCUCUGCACUCGAUUAGCAGGCAGCUGCGUGAGGCGUGUCGCAUGUGUGGAAUUUCAGCCGCUGAUUCGCCAUCCAUUCUCAGUGCCUGCCUGGUCUCCAUGGAGCCCCAGGGGUCCUUUGUGGUCAUGCCAGAUGCUGUCACUAUGGGUUCAGUGUUUGGUCGCAGCACUGCUCUCAACCUGCAGACGUCUCAGCUCAACACCCCACAGGAUGCUUCCUGCACCCACAUCCUGGUCUUUCCUACUUCCUCCACUACGCAAGUGGCCCCUAGUUCCUACCCUACUGAGGACAACCCAGAUGAUAUAUUUGGCCUGCCGUUCACGGACGACCUGGAGAAAGACAUUGAGCAUGAUAUGAUGCUGAUCACCGGAAACCUUCACGCUUCCCCUAACACCUCGCCUGUGCCUUCCCCUGGCUCCCCCUGUGGUCUGGGGGUGGGCUCCCACUUCCCUCACACUCGGAGUCAGGGUGAGCGGUUGUUGUCCCGUGAGGCUCCUGAAGAGCUGAAGCAGCAGCCACUGGCUUUAGGCUAUUACGUCUCCACUGCUCAGGCAGAAGGACUGCCUCACUGGUUCUGGGCCUCGUGUCCUCAAGCGCAGAACCAAUGUCCACUCUUUCUCAAGGCCUCACUGCACCACCACAUCUCCAUCGCUCAGACAGACGAGCUUGUCUCCAGCAAGACAUCCCAGAGGAACCCGCAUCCACUGGACUCCAAAACCACUUCAGAUGUGCUCAGGUUUGUGCUGGAGCAAUACAACGCCCUCUCCUGGUUAACCUGCAGCCCGGCCACCCAAGACCGCCGCUCCUGCCUCCCUGUGCACUUUGUCAUCCUCACACAGAUGUACAACGCCAUCCUCAACAUCUUAUAGGACUAGUGGAGCGAGGCCAGCACGGCUGGAAGCAGCUGCAUGCCUCUGAAACGGGUGCUUUGGGACCAGCGUUCUGAAAUGUAGCCACCGUUCGGGUUAUGAGUCGAGGUUGAAGGGGAAACUCUUUUGCUCUAGCACUGCCUUUCUAUACGGGCCGGAGUUCUGGAUUUCUGGGCUUUGAACUUUGAACCAACAAAGGCAGCUUGUGCUAUCCAUAGAGGCCAGUCAUCAUUUUUUUUUUCGGUGGAAGCAUGCAACCAUCUCAGAAGUAAGCAUAGUACAAUCACUACCCUUUAACUCUGAUGAGGUCAUACGGUGCAGCCUGGAGGAAAGGGUUCUGAAUCUUGCACUUUUUGGAUAGAAAAUUCAGCUUCAAAUGGCAGCCAUACUUUUGAAAAGUUAUUUUUUUUAUUUUUUUUUGUUCCUGCUCUUAUUUUUUCCCUCCAUGUAAGACCCAAGCAAUGUGGGCUAGCUGGAUUACUUAUUGAGUAAUAACACUAGGAUGGAAGCUGACAACAUCUCACAAGGCAUCCAGUUGCCAUCAGCUGGCCACAUCCCUGGACAGAUGUGCUCCACAGAAACGUCUGGAUCGACUGCUAGACCUGAUUCGAACGCUAAGGCUACGUUCACAUUAGAAAUUUUGGAGGUUUUGCCCAGAUUUGAUUCUUUCUUACUAGUUUUGAACACUACUCCGUUUUUGGCAAUUGUUCCUCCUUAUUGUUCAUCAAUCAAUUAUCAGAAUUAAAGUGCUGAAUCUAAAUCUGAUCAUUUUCAAUCAUGUCAAAUAUUACUUAUAAGAUAAUCAAGGACCAAAUAUGAAAGAGGAUCAGGUCUGAGCUGAAAAGAUCAGACUACUACAGUAUAUCCAGAAAAUUAUGGAGAAAAAAAAUGUCAGUGUGAACGUAGCCUAAGGUUCUCUCCCCAGCAGCGUUCAUUUUCCCCCACAAGAUUCACGGAACAUCACGCAUUGCUCAUUUCCUCUACGGCCUGAACCAAUAUGCAAAGAAACUCUCCAUCGCACUCCAAACUGCCCACAGUGUAAUCAGCCCAGAGGCUAAUGGACCAGCAAGAGAAGCCCAGCUAAACCUUCUACUUCUUUUGUUUUUUUAAUUAAACAUCGUUGUAAUCUAUUGUACAAAGCUCUUCUGAUGAUAUCUCUCUCAAUUCGUACUUUAAAAGCCGAACCCACGAGAGAGAGAGAGAACGCAACAAACUCGGUUUAAUAACGGCACUUUCUCCCUCGCGACCCUGUUGUAGAUAAACUCGCCAGCUAAUAUUUGACAAUGAAAUCUAAACUCUUGUUUAUAGUGUAGACUUUGCAGAGAAUUAUUUUUAUUAAUGCAAGCAAAAAAAAAGAAAUAAAUAAAUUGAGUAAUUUCCUUCUUCUUCUUUUUUUUUUUCUUUUCCAAAUUCGAAUCGAGAGCAUCGAGAUGGUAAUUUUAAAGACGAUUGUACAACAAAAUGUUAAAAUGCCAUAUUUAUAUAUUAUAUAUCCCAUUGUAUACAUUACAUUUAUAUCAAAUCUCUUUCUAGCUACCACAAAUGGGUAAUAUUGUGUAGGGAUUUACAUUAAAAAAAAACAAAACAAACAAACAAAAAAAAAUAAACAUGAGACGGAACAGUAUAAAGCGUUUAUGAAAUGAAUGCAUUGAGUUGCCUAUUUUUUAUUUACAUUCGUCUUUUUCCUUUUUGCCUUUUAAUUUAAUGCGUUAAGUUAAUAGCUAAACAAUGCAGAAAUGAUAUAUUUAUGAAGUGUUUUCUAUCACUGCAAAAUGAACUUGAACUAGGCAAUAGAUUGAAUUUCAGUGUAUAUGAACAUGAAACUUAUUGUACAUUUGAACUAAUAUGCAUUAUUUGUAAGGCAGUCUUUAAAGAUGUCAAAAUUUAACCGUCAGAAAAAGGCCUGUUUCUUAUUCAUGGUCACAAAAUGUUGCCCUGUAAUUUGUAUACUUCCUUGCAUGUUUGUAUAUACACUUUUUUAGCAGUGUUUUUUUUUUUUUUUUUUUUGUCCUUCCCAUAUUUUAUUUUAUUUUAUUUUAUUUUUUUGAAGCUGUACAUUUCAUGGCAUUAUUGAAUUUAUUUUUAUUUUAUUCUACAUGACUCCUAUGAAGUUUUUUUUUUUUUUUUUUUUUUUUUUUGGAGAUAUAAUUAUACAGUAUAGCCACCUCAUUCAAAUACAGCCAAGGGUGCAUUGCCAAGACUUAUGUAUACUUAAGGACAAAUACUUUUGGGGCAGGUUUGUUACACCUACCAUCAUUUUGAAUAUUGAACAGAUCUGUCUCUGGGAAAAAAAAAAAAAGGAUCUGUAACUUUUACACUUUUUUUAAAGUAAAUUAUUCAAAUCUGAA